AUGAAUAACCAGUCACAGGCGGUAGAUGGAUUCAUCAAGAAAGUGUUUGCUUUCUUGGACGAGAAAAACUCGCAACAAUUGGCACCUUUUCUACAAUGCUUCGAUCCUGCGAACAGUAAGAUUAUUGUGAAUGCCAAUCCAUUUGCUCAACCAGCGGUAUUUCUCGAGACAUGGCAGCGCGCUGUGGUGCAGACACAACACGUCUUGACCGGUCUGGAUUACCAUGUUAUUCCUGGCACAGGGACCACGAUAUGCAGCGUGAACGGAAAAGUACGAUUUGACGAGAGUGGACGGGACAAAGAGGGCCAAGACUCGGCCAUUACCGAAAUAACAGGCGCUGGAAAUGCCGGGGUCGGUCCCCGAGCCCCUGCCGCCAAACCACGGCCCUUGUGGGGUCCAUACUUCGGGAUAUCCUUACAGAUCGUUCUAGACGACAGAGUGUUCAACGGCGACCAUAACUGCGUAAUACACAGCUUCAACUACACAACGGUGUACAAACCGGACGACUCUUUGAUGUCGGUGUAG